AUGGGCUCCGAGGACGACACCGCGGAUGAGAAGGUCAUCAUAAGCAUAGAGGAUACUGCUGCUGUGUUCAUCCAGGCCUGGUGGCGAGGCACGUUGGUGCGACGCACACUGCUGCAUGCUUCCCUCAGGGCGUGGACCAUCCAAUUAUGGUGGAGGCAGAUACGGGUGAAGCUCAUGGAAAAUAGGCGGCGUAAUGCGCUGGAUUUCUAUGCGCGGAAAGAGUGGGCAGUCGUCAUGCUGCAGGCGUGGGUCCGAAUGUGGCGCAUCCGCACACGAUACUGUCGAUUGCUAAAUGCUGUCCGCAUCAUCCAGGUUUAUUGGCGUUGGCAUAGUUGUCAUACCCGUGGUUUUAUUCAGGGAGACUAUGAUCUCAAAGAAAACCAAUUGAAUAUUCAACUUGAAAUCUCUCUGGGUUCACAGGUCUGUAAGGUGCAACAACACAUACCCCUUCCAUUAAAAGAAUGA